AAGACUGCCCGUCCAAAUUCGCAUCGCCGCGGCCCGCCCACUUCGUCAGGACUUCGAGCGUCAUCCAGGGCAUCUCGAGAGGCCUCCCGGGAGGUCUCCCCUCGCCCGUGGCAGAAGGCCAGGCGGAGCGGGAGCAAGAUCCGGGCCGCCGCUCCGUCGGCGGAAGGACUGCCCGCGCCGUCGCUUGAAGGCCAUGAGCGCCCCGCAGCGCGAGCCGACGGUGCAGGUCGAGUCCGCUCUGUGGGCCUCCGACGCGCGGGACCUGUUCGACUUCGAGGCGGCCGGCGCCAGGACCCGGAACUUCGAUCUGCCCAGGUCGGCGAAGAUCGCCCGGGUGGGCGGGUCGCUGAUGCCGCUCGAAGGGCGCCAGCCCGUGCCCCCCGACAGCGAGCCGCUGCUGCAGCUCCGUGAGGAGAACGGCGCCUUCUGGGUCGACAGCGCGAACCCGAGGGCGCGCUCGUCGAGCAAGAAGCUGUGGCUGGUCGUCAAGGACCUCCCCGGUGCCACGUACGAGCUGUCGGAGGGGGACGAGAUCCGCAUGGGCUGCACGAGGUUCCGCGUCCGCCAGCUGGUGGCCGACGCGAGCGCUGGAGUGCAGCCAGAACUGACUCUGCCAGACGCUGAGACUACCUGCCAGGACGACGAGGGCUCUGGGACACAGGGCGGCCUCUGCCGCAUCUGCCUGGACGGCGACUGUGACGAGCAGGGCCCGCUGAUCCGGCCGUGCGGCUGCAGAGGCUCCAUCGAGAGCGUGCACCUGGGGUGCCUGCAGCAGUGGAUCCGCUGCAGGA